UCUUACUCUCUCUCUCUCUCUCUCUCUGUUUCCGUAUGUUCAUCGGUCACUUUAUUGUCUCUUAAGUUGUCAAUGGUCUCUUGCGGUUUAGUACUUUGCUUUGUUUUACAUUAUUUGGGAAAAAUUGUUCUCUCUUUUCAGAAUUGUUGUUUUCUUUAAUCCUUAUUGUUAUGUGUAAAAGUGAUUGAAAGCUCAAAUGGGUUGUUCUUGUUGUUGAUUUUGAGUCGAGAUUGCAAAUUUGCAGUGACAAAUGAUUAUAAUUGGUGUCAUAAAUUGAUUUUUGUUUCUUGGGGGGUAUUUUUUGUUAAAAUUUCUAUAUGCAGAGAAGAGAGUAUAGAAGAGAGGGAGGAGGAGGAAUCGGUGGAGAUCAGGAGAUGGAUUACAGUCUAGCAGCGCUUAAGCUACUGCGUGUCCAAUUGAAAGACACCAGUGAGACUCCUUCUCAAAACGCCUUGACUCUCGGCGGCAUUCUCUUUCAACGCGCCUGGUUACAGGGAAUUUUGGUCUCCAACGACGGUGACGGCCGUCUCCUUCUCGAUGACGGCACUGGUGUCAUCGAGCUUUGCCUUUCUGGCGACUUCCGUCUCCGUCACUGGGACUCAGGUACGUACCCCUUUUCCUUUCUUAUUUAUUUUUUCUUUUGGCACAUUUUAGCAUAUAUAGACCGCUCUGUUUUUCUUGGGUGUAUUUUUGAAUUGUACAGGGAUGUAUGUGAUGGUAGUUGGAGGGUACUUUGUCCGUCCUGGUUCGUAAGAUGGUUGAUCUUUCGGCAUUGCCGGAUGAGAAGCAAUGUGGUAUCUUGAAGUUAUGGAGGCGUACAAGCUUUUCUACCAGCCCUUAAUUGAAGAAUUUAUGUGAUUGCUUAGAUUGUUUGCUUGUUCAGAGAAAGGAACUGAAGUUCUAGAACUGCAAAAAUUUUGCAGAUGCAUUCAUGUUCAUGUUCUUGAAAUAUUCUGCAAAUCUGAGUAAUGGUUUCUGUGCCGGUGCUAACAAUCUCUUCAUGCUGUCAUAAACAUGAAAAUUGGGGAAACUACAGUUUUGAGGAAUUGAACCAUGGCAUGGCAGAGCAAUUCGCAAUGAUUUCUAGAGAACAGGGAGGUAUCAUGAGAUUCAUUCAAGUUUCUUGCUUUGGAGCUUCUGCAUCAUCUCCAUCAAGAGUGCUAAGAGCUAAGGCUGCUGGAGAGGAAGCUGUUUUGAGAGAAAUGCAUCGAGCAGCUGCUAGAUGCAUCUCCUCCUAUCAUAUAUCUCUCAUUCUCCCUUGAAAGAUUACCUUAAAUCCAUCGAUUGUUCCUUUUUGGCAGCAGCUGCACUCCCCCACCCCCCUUCCCUCUCUGUCAUUCUUCCUUUUUGAUUGAAGACCCAAUCCAUCAAUUUCAAGUCGCCAUGAGUUCAUGAUUCAUGUCUCUUCUCUGUUCUGUUAUUCUCUUGCGAACAUGGUAUGUUUGUUAUUUUUUUAAUUUUAAUUGAUUGCUGAUUUUAAUUUUGUAAUUUAAAGGCAUUUCAGGUUCAAAUUGGGUUUUGAUGAAGUUUUUUGUUUUGAUACCAAAAAAAGAAAAGAAAAAACGAAGUAUUCAGUGACUCAGUGCAACCUAUUUUCAGGUUUUAUCCAUGACAAUGAACUAACCUAACUUAAUAGAUAUUAAUGCUAGAUUGUUUGAUUAUUUAAACUUGCUGUUAAUAUAAAUUUUUGGGUUUUGAUGAUCCAUGACAAUAAACCAACAUAAUAUUAAUAGAUAUUAAUACUAGAUUGUUUGAUUAUUUUUUGAUUAAAUUUACUAUUAAUAUAAUUUUUUUGGUUUUGAUGAAGGAUUUUAGUGACUAACCUAAGGUUAAUAGAUAUUAAGCUAGAUUCAUUUGGGUGGUUGUAAUUUUUGGAAUUUUUUAGCUUGUAAUAUAUUGUUAUUACUUAAUUGGUUGCUGUUAAUUAUUAGUUAAUUCAUAUUAUCAUUGUUUUUUAUUUCAGAUAGAUAAUUAGAAAGAUCCUACAUUAAAGAAAUCAAAUCCUUUAAAUUUGGAACCCAAUCCUUCACCUGUUCCGGUUACUACCUCUAGUAUAAAUAAUAAUAUUAAAGGUAACAAUCAUUCACCUUCUAGAUCUAAAAAAAAAAUCUCAAAUUUAGAAUUACUUUAAAAAACUUAAUGGUGAUUUUAAAGAAAGACUAUGAUUGUCAUCUAGGUAUGCAUAAUUUUUUUUUUUUUUUAUGAUUGAUCUAAAGCAAAAAACUUUGGUUUUAGAACCUGAGUCCUAAAAUAAAGGGGGUUUGUAAGAGAGGAAAAUUUGAUAACUAUUAAGGCAGUUGAAAAGCCCUAACAAAAAUUAUUUAACUUUGUAGAAAAUCAAUUAUUUAAAUCUUUUUGUUGGAUAGUGCAACCUAAAUUUAAUGUUCCUUCUCAUUUGAUGUUUAAUGAUUUAAAAGAGAUUGUUCGAAAAUUUAUAUAGAUGAGAAGGUAAAUUUAAGAAAGCUUUCAAUGGGUAGUUAAUGAGUAUGUUUAAUAACUGAUAUCUAGGUAUUAAUCCAAAAUAUUAAUUAUGUCUUUGAAUAAAAAAAUUCUAAACUUUUAUCAAGUUUAUAAUUAUAAAGGUGAAACAAUUGGCUAAGCGAUUGAGAGUUGUUGGUUGAAAUAAGAAAUUGAUAAGAUUUUAAUGGUUACAAUAGACAAUGGAAAUUCAAAUAAUUUUACUAUUAAAUAUUUGAAGAGAGCAACAAAUGGUUGGGAAGUAAUAUCUUGUCAUGUUAUGCCUAUAUUGUUAGUUUUAUUGCAUGUGCGAGAUUGAAAAAUAUUCGAAAUGCAGUUAACUUUGUUAGAUUUUCUCUUUCUAGACAACUUGUAUUUAACCAAGAUGUUAAUGUUGUUAAUUCAAUGGUGAUAGAUGAUAUGUCAGAUGACUUGACUUUUUAAUUCAAAAAACAUUUAGGGUUUGUUUGUUUUGCGUAAAAUAUUUUAUAGGAAAAUGUUUUCCAAAUGUUUUCUAUGUUUAUUUUCAAAAAUAUUUUCUAGAAAAUGCUUUUUUGUGUUUGUUUCCCGUAAAAUAUUUUACAAAUAACCUUCAAAUCUAGUUUAUUUGUUUAAAAAUAUUUUUAACUCAAGAAGUUCCAUAAAACAUUUUACAGGAAAACAUUUUAUGGGAAAAAUAUGUUACAUCUGUAAAAUAUUAUAAGCAAAACAAACGCAUUCUUAAAGGAGAAAGAUGACGCAGGGAGUAAAAAUGAUGUUAAGAUGUAUAUUUAAGUGAUGGUUACGAGGAUAUUAAUGAUUCUAAAUUAGAUAUUUUAGGUUGGUGGAGAUAUAAUGCUACAAAAUACAAGAUUCUUUCUAAUGUAGCAUAACAGGUGUUAGAUAUCCCGGUAUCUACAAUUGUUUCUAAAGCAGUCUUCAACACUAGCAGUUGUAUAUUAAAUCCAUUUUGAAGCUUUUUAUCUUCAUCAACAACAACAACAACAACAAUGUAAGCACUUGUUUGUUAUCAGAAUUGGUUAUGGUUAACACCAAUUCCAAUUGAUAUUAGAGCAUUCAUGGAUUAUAUAUAAAAUUCUUAUAUGAUUGAAUAAGUAAUUUGUUUUAUAAAUUUAAAAUUAGUUAUUUUACAUCAUCGUUUCUUUACAUGUCUAAUCUAACAUGUUUAAUUUAUGAUUUUGUAGAACUUGGAAAAUUUGAAAAUCUCUAUUAAUUGUUUUUUUUUUUGGUGAUGUUGGUGAAAUGCUAGAAUAUUUGACGUGUUGUAUCUUGUUAAUUCCCUUUUAAUUUUGCAUUGUUAAUUUUUUUACUAGUCAAACGCUAAUAAGUUGUUAAUUUGCUUGUGUUUUUUAUAGCAUUAACCUUGCAAGAUCUUUUGGCUUUUGUAGUUGAUGGAUUUUCUAGAUGUUGUUUCUUGAUUAUUUUUUUUAAAACUAUGCUGGAUGUUUUUUAUUUAGUUUUCUCUAAUCUGGAUUUAUUCGAAUUAGAUUUGUUAAUGUGUUGCUAAUGCAUCUAAUUAUUAAAAAAUGCUAACACUUCUAUUAAUUUGAUGUGCCCGUAUUUCCCUAACUCCACAAAUUUAUUUUUGUGCACAUCAAAGUCACAGGAAAGCAAAUUUGAUCAUGUAUGGUGGAAAGAUUUGGCUGGGCAGGGGAAAAGAAGGUUUUCUAUUAAAUUCAAUUUCCAAAUGAGUAAUGGAGUUGGACUUGUUUUUGUUGAAAAGCCUAAUAAAAAAUAUUUGAUUUAAAAGCCUAUAAAAACUGAACUCAACAAUUGUUUUUUUAUUAAAGCUCAAUUUAAUAUAUGUCUAUUUAAAAAACUAGAAACAAGCUUAGGUUUUCUGGUUUUUAAUGUAAAAUUACUAAUCUUGAUCGAACUAAAUCAGUUUGGUUUGAACUAUUUUUUGGUUCGAUCUAAUUAUAAUUUCAAGAAAUAACAACUCUUAGUUUAGUUGGGUUUUUGGAUCCAAAUUGAACUAGACCGUAAAUUGUUAAAGUGUUUUCAUUAUAUAUUUCUAAAUAAACUAUGAUAUAUCAUAAAUAUUUGAGUAAACGAUUGAGACUCGAUUGAUAAUUUUAUUGCAUAUUAAGGUCUAUUUUGGUGCUUUGGAUGCAAGCACUUAAUGAGUAUAUGUCUAAUUUUCAUUAUGUUUUUAGGGUAAAUUUGAUAAAAUCAAAAGACUUGAGACUCAGAUCGAUAAUAAUGAGGUGAUGUGCUUGGGGUUCAAUUGAUGUUUCCCAUCAUAAGGAUUAAAUUGUAAAUUUUAGAAAAUAUAGGAAUAAAAACUUGCAAAUAAGAACCAAUUUGUAAAUAAAAAAUUAUAAGAACUAAAAUAAAAAUUUAUCAAGUCUCCAUUAGAUUAUUAAAAAAUUUGCAACAAAACAUCGAAUAUAAUGAAGAAUUUCAUUCCAUUCCCUUAUAUUUCACAUGAUACAUAAUACAAAAUAUAAUAUUGUAGGUGUAUUACACAUUUGAGAUUAUUUUCCCAUUUUUAGAAGCAAGGAAUUCGUUUUUUUUUUUUCAAUCGAUUGGGCAACCGAAUUCAGAAAGGUUUCGUUGUCUAAUGCUAUAUGGUUUUCUUUGCAAUCAAUGAAAGCAAUGGUGCUCUUUUAACGGUUUUCAUGUUGAUUUUUUUAAAAAAAAACCCGGGUGGAUGGUUAUUAUCGGUGAAUGAGUUAUUAUUAGAAAGCUGACCGGUGUGAUUCGGUCGAGCUAACAGGUCAACCUGUAAUCUAGUUGAUCUAUCUAAAAAAAUUAAAACAAAAUCGUUUGAUUAUCCCGGGUCAAUUCAAGUUGACUUGGCUAACCUGUAACUCAUCUUAGACUGAGUCAUGUGCUGGGUUGGAUUUAUGGACUAUGAUUAGACUCAACUAUGGUUAUGGUAUCUAUGUAUUUUUAUAAGAUGAUUUUAUUUGUUAUGUAACAUACUUCAAUUGAAGCAUGGAAAUGUUGAAGAAUAUGUGCAAAUCUCCCAAUUUCCAAUGGCUUAAGCAACACAAGAAGCACUAGAUUGUGACUCAAGUCAUUCCAUGAGAACAUUACCUUUCCUUGUAGCAUAAGAAAAGAGAAAAUAUACCACUCAAAACAAUGCAAGUAAAGAACCAAGAAGCUGGGAGGAUCAACCCGCGACGAGCUUUCCUCUCUUCAUUCGAUAAGAGCUUCAUUGCUGUGACCAACCCAUCAAAAUCUCAUGGCCCCAGAAAGCAGCCAUGCCUCGUUUGAUCGAGUUAACUUGAAAGGAAGAAAUGUUGGGGCUACAAUGUUCAUCCGUCAUGGUGUCCAUGAUGAGCCACAAGAUAGUUAUUCCAUCAACAUUUUCGUAAACAACAAUGUUCAAGGGGUUAACAAUUCCAUUCUGCUUGAAAGUGAGGUGAGCAUGAGAGAUCCUGGAGUUAGCAUCUUUUUGGAAGAUAUGAAGCUGAAAUCAAAGAAAAAAGGAAGAAAUGAAGAUGAUGCAUCAGGUUCUUCUAAGCUCGGGUCCCUUGGGAUGGCUAUGUUAGCAGCAUUUAUCUUGCUCUUGUUGUUUUUAUUUUCAUAGAUCUUGUUGUAUUGAUGAGAAUCUAGAAAGUUUGUGCAGUCAAAAUAUGUUUUUAAUCGUAUAAUUCACAAGAAUAUAUAUAUAGACUUGGAUGUAUCUAUCGUAAAGAUUUCCGAGUUUUUGAUAUAUUCAAACUAAUUUAUUUGGUUAUGUUUUA